AGACUAUAGGAAUGUAUGUAUUUUUAAACUGAAAUUUUUUUCGUUUGAAGAACAUUUCCUCUUGAGUAAUGUAGAAGACGUGUAAAUUCAUGUCAAGUUUUAGCAUCUUUAUGUCUCGCUGACAACAUUGAAAUUUUUCAAAACAUAACGGUCGCUGUUACGGUACAAGUCGGCCGGUUAGUAGCUUCGUGAGAGGAAGACUUUUUUUAUGCGCUUUUAAAACGGUUAGUACGGUAAGUUGGACUAGCCGCUCCUACGUUUCAGGAAAUGAGAAUGAGAAUCACUGUCAGUUAAGAAAGCUGUCAUCUGUGCAAGAAGUGAGCUCUUGCAUGUCUCAAGAAAUCGUUGUUGUUAUACAAUAAAGUGGUGAGCCAAGAACAAGGAAGAUGUUUUCCCCGCGGGUCCUGAAGUCUGCAUCGUCCCUAAUGUGCAGAGGGUUUUUCACGGGUCAAAUGUGCCGACAAGGGAAAGCACCAGAUAUGGCUGAGGGAAACACAUUUUUACUUGUGAGCAAUGUUCGCAACAGGCUGAGGGAGAUAGUCGGAGCAUCCACAAACUGGAAGGAUCAUCAGCAAGCACUAGCUGAGCGUGCAUCACUAAGCCAGUAUCUCGCACAGAGUCAAGAUGAACUUCCUGCAAAGACAAUGAAGGACAGUUCAAUUGAGGCGCAUCUUCCUCUGGGAACCCAGCCUGCCUUGAGAGAGAAAUACCUCAACUAUCACAACAGUGUCAGGUUUGGAAGAAUUUUGGAGGACUUGGACAGUUUAGCAGUGCUCAUCUGUUACUCUCACACAUGGAAUAAGGAGCUGAAAAGAUCUCCACUGUCUAUUGUCACCGCCCUAGUGGACAAGAUUGACAUGAGAAAAAACAUCAUCUACCCUGACUGUGACAUCAAGUUCACAGGUCAUGUGACAUGGGUUGGCAAAACCUCAAUAGAAGCUAAAAUGCAUAUGUCUCAGUAUCAUGACGGGACAUACACUGAUGUAUUAGAUGCCACUUUUGUUAUGGUGGCUCGAGAUCCUGAAAACAAAAGGGCAGCUAUUAUAAAUCCACUAAAACUAGAGAGUCCAGAGGAAGAGGCAAUAUUUCAGCAAGGAGAAAUUAACAAGACGAGGCGUGUGGAGCUGAGCACAGCGUCUCUUCUGAAAGUGGCUCCUACAGCUGAGGAGAGGACUCUUGUUCACAACCUGUUCCUCAACACUCUAGACACACGAACUGUCAGCUUUCGUAGUCGUAUUUUACCACCCAACUCCGUGUGGAUGGAAGAUGCCAAAAUGAAAGGGCUUGAGAUUUGUCAUCCACAAGAAAGAAAUAUCUUCAAUCGGAUAUUUGGUGGAUUUUUGAUGAGAAAGGCCUAUGAACUUGGUUGGGCGAAUGCUUGUGCAUUUGCUGGAUGCAGACCAACGCUGGUGGCUGUAGAUGACAUCGUAUUUCGAAAGCCAGUAGAAAUUGGCUCUUUGCUAUUGCUGUCCUCACAGGUUUGUUACACUGAAGGGAUGCACAUCCAGGUCAGGGUUCACACAGAGGUGCUUGACCCAUUGACCAGGCAACACAGUACCACAAAUGUGUUUCACUUUACAUUUCGUGUUGACAGUGAUAUCCCAGCUAUUGUACCACAGAGUUAUGGAGAGUCUAUGCUUUACCUGGAUGGAAAGAGGCACUUUGAUGAGACCAUGAGGAGCCAAGGUUGAGCAUCUGGGAUGUGCUGAUACUAGAAUGAGAUUCCUGCCAAAGCUGCAAUGAUGGUCACCGCUGUAGUUACAUAAGAGUGUGUACGUGUGGAUUCGACUAUUCGUUUUUUAGUUCCGUCCAUUUUAUAUUCACAAUAUAUGUUCUUGUUUGCUGCAUUUUAUAUAAAUGUCAAAAAUUAUUUUCUACAAUUUUAAACUUACAGUGGGAGAGGAGCAUUUAGUGAAAUGGUUUUGCUUGAUUGUGGCAAUAUUAAACCUAUUUAGUCAUUAAGACAUAACAGACCAUGUUUUGUUUGCACUACAGUGUCAUUUAUAAACCAAGUUAUUUUGGUUGUAUUGGUGGAAUGAACCUGUUUUGUAUUGUUACUGAUUUGAGUGCAGGCAAAGCGAUUCAUGAACAACUUGUAUCCUGGAAAAGUAUAUUCAGUAUAUGCACAAAUUCUGAGAACAAGUCCUGUCUUUCAUUCUUGAUCUCCUCAAAAGAAAGCAAGGAGGUCCUAAACUGGAGAACAAAUUAUGAGGGCACUGCCUAACAAAAACACUCCAAAAACUUUACCAAACACAUCUGGUCUAUAGAGCACAGUAUGGAUGAAAAUCAGGUUAUGCUGUUUAAUCUGUGUAUGUUUUAGAAUGCUGACAAAUUGGCUUGUGUAUAUAUACAUUAGUUUUUGCAUUUUUAUUAUCUUAAAUGCAACAACCGACCAUGGACAUUUGCAAAAGAUGGUAGUGCGGUCCUAAAAAUGAACUCUGUAGGAAGUUAUGUAAAAAUAUGAGUGG